AUGUCUCGCCACCAGCCCACUAUCUGUCAGUGUCGUCUCAAGGAACUCGACACCACAUUUGUGGAUCUCCUUCGGCAGCUAAUCUGCAGGCUGGUCACCGUCACCGACUAUUCUGAAGAUGGGUCACCACCAAGCAGUCCGCUUUCUCUUGUCCGUUCAGAUUCUCCCAUGUCAGGCCACUAUGGAAAUGGAUUUACACCUGCUGAUAUUGCUGACUGGGCAGGUCUCUCUGUUGGCACAGUGGUUGUUGGUCCCCCUACUCGAGAGGAGAAGGAUGCUGCCAAAGCGUGGGUGGAGAAUCAAGUUUGUGCAGAAUGGAGAAAUGGGUGUUUGGCAGUUGAUGGUACCAACAUUUCUCUCUUCCAAAAACCAAGCCACUUUGGAGAGACAUUCUUUGAUAGAAAAUCCAACUACUCUUUGAAUUGCCAGGCAAUUAUUCUUCCCCAUAAUCUCAAGAUCAUAGAUUAUGGUCUAGGGCAUGUAGGAAGCACUCAUGAUUCCUCUGCCUUUCAAGACACUCUGACAUCACAAAACCAUAAAGUCUUUCUGAAUGAAGAUGAAUGGAUCUGGGCAGAUUCUGCAUACCCUAUCACAUCUUGGUGUGUAGCACCAUUCAAGCAGCCACCAGGUCGUAGCCUCACUACAGGCAAUCUCAAUUUAACUAUCAUUUAUCACGCAUCUUCCCUCAAAGAACUACGUAUACAAAUCAACACAGAAAACAAACUAGAGUUUGCCGUUGCCUGGAUUCGUUGCUGUAUCAUUUUACACAACCUUAUCAUUGAACUUGAAGGCAACCAGGCAGAGAAUACUAUUCCUAGUGAUUGGCAGCAAGGAGCACAGGACAAUGGAGGAAUGGAUAUAGACAUGGAUACUGAUGAGCUAGAGUCAGAAAUUCCUGAGAAUCUGAAUCAGGAUCUUAGGCAAAGACUUUUUGAUUCACUCUUUAACAGUCACUUGUAUUGA